AUGGCGGAGCGGCAGGGCCGGGAGCCUGAGUGCCCUGUCUGCUGGAACCCCUUCAACAACACAUUUCACACUCCCAAAGUGCUGGACUGUUGUCACUCCUUCUGUGUGGAGUGCCUGGCCCACCUCAGCCUGGUAACUCCAGCCCGGCGCCAGUUGCUGUGCCCACUCUGUCGCCAGCCCACUGUGCUGGCCUCUGGGCAGCUGGUCACUGACUUGCCCACAGAUACUGCCGUGCUCACCCUGCUUCGCCUGGAGCCCCACCACGUCAUCCUGGAAGGCCACCAGCUCUGUCUCAAGGACCAGCCCAAGAGCCGCUACUUCCUGCGCCAGCCCCGGGUCUAUACGGUGCACCUAGGCCCUGAGCCUGGGAGCCAAACGGGGCCCCCCCAGGACAUGGGCCCUACCACCAGGUCUCUGCCCAUUCCCAUCCCCAGCCACUACUCUCUGAGGGAGUGUUUCCGCAACCCUCAGUUCCGGAUCUUUUCUUACCUGAUGGCUGUUAUCCUCAGUGUCACUCUGUUGCUCAUCUUCUCCAUCUUUUGGACCAAGCAAUUCCUUUGGGGUGUGGGGUGA